GUGUGUGUGUGUGUCAUAAGAAGCCAAACCGCAAGCUUAGUUACACAAUGUAGUUCCGACGAUUUCAUAGGCGUUUUGCCCGACUUGCUGUAAGAGCAGGAAGAAGAAAGCUUCACCAUAAUUUCCUAACCUGGGCAGGAAGGACGUAGACUCAGUGCUCAGUGUUGUCCUGUCCCACCUACUGUAUGAAGGUGACUCUGCUCUGACUCAAUAACUCUUGCGUAACCAUAAUAUUGCUGAUUUCCGGGUAAGAAGGACUUGAAAUGGUAUGAUUUGAAAACAAGGACAUGGAAUUAACUGCUUUAAACCAAUCCGACAACAAUAACGACAAAGAGGAAAUUAGAGUUGAGGUGUGCCCAGGUAAUGGAAGCUGCUCUGACCACGACACACAGAAUGCAACAGAAGACCACGGGUUACUGUCAGGUGCACAGGGUGCUGAGAGCAAUGGUGCUCACUAUAUUGUGAGUAAUCUCCCAGAUGACUCAUCAGGGCAAUCUUCUGAUAAGCCCCUGGGAAAUCUUGGCAGAUUGAAAAAUGAGCUGAGGGAACCAGUCUGUUGGAAGCUCAAAGUGUGGAUGCUCAUUCUAAUCAUCUUCACUGUAAUCAUCCUUGCCAUCUUCCUGUCUAUUUAUUUCUGCUCAGUUCCUCAAAAGGAUGUGGAUGACGAAUACAACAUUAAAGAAUUUAUCAUACCACACUUCUUUAGAGGGAAUUUUACACUUCUUAACAAGAACUUAAAACUAGAUGCAGAAUCACAGUCUGAGCUUGAACAAAAGCUGACUCAUAUCUACACAUCCUCUUAUGCCCUGGGCCGGUACUUCUCCAAUGCUACAGUUAACCCACUGAGAAACAGCAAUUUUAGUGUUGAGUACAAGCUGACAUUUAUGAUGCCUAAAGAGCACCAGCAGAUUAUGGAAUACACUUUGAGCAAAGAGAUGGUGUACAGUGUGCUUCUGCAACAGCUAUCUGACGAGGAGCCUGAGGUGGACCCACUUUAUAUCGAUCUGACUUCACUUACGAUGGAAGUUGGGAGUUAAAUGAGCUGAAUUAAAGCCACAAAGUGCAAAUUUUGGCAUGCUGAAUAUGACGACACUGUGACACCUUCAGUACUUGAGAUUCUGCAUGUGCCUGUCCUUACAUUGGAUCCACUGUUUUAAGAUAUGUUAUUGAAGCCACUUAAUUUUAAUAAGGACACAAACCUCAAACAGGUACAUGUACAUGGACAAGACCACAUAACUUCUUGUCAUUUUUUAGAAAAGGAAGUCUGUUCAAGGAUUAUAUUUACCUUUUAUAUAUUAUAUAUAUAUUUUCAGACACAUAUUGUGAUUAUCUUUUGGGACUGGAACUCUGGAUCUAAAGUCAGUUAACAUUUCCACCCUGUUCAUACUGAGACUCUUUUGUAUCUGUAGCAUGUCUGUUUAUUAAGGUGUCACAAGGGGGCGCUAUUUCUUCAUAUGACACCGUGUCAGUUUCAACAGCCUUUUCGAGCUCCCUGUAAACGCAUUAAUUUAUUAUAAUAUAUUAUCAUCAUUUUUGCAGGUGUGGUUGGACUGGAUAUAUUUUGUUUUUCUUUUGUAAUAAUGUGUGAAAAUGGCAGUUAUACAUUUUUGAGGGAUUUGUAUGUUUGUACAAGACAAAAUUAAAUAGUAGAUAUUUUACAAGCAUGUAGCUUAUUACUUUUUAAUUCCUCCAAGGAUAACAGUGAGCUGUAAAAGUAGUGGAGGAUAUAAUGAGGGUCAACAAAAGUAUUACAGUGCAUAUUGCUCCCCCACAAAAGAAUAACAUCAUUUUAAUCAGAUUUCCUGGGAUCUGUUGCAUAAAACUACUCAAAUGUAAAUUAGCCAUUGCUUUUAAAUUGUAUUAAAUAGUAUUUGGGGUCAACCAUCCAGUGUGACAUGCAUAGAAAAGAGGUGAAGAGGUGGGUACAGGUGUGUUGGAGUGGGUGGAGAAAAAAGUCAGGAGUGUUGUGUGACAGAAGAGUGUUAGAGGGAAUCAAAGGAAAGGUGUACAGGUCAGUAGUGAGUGCAGCUCUGCUGUUUGUGUUACAGACUGUACUGUAGCUGUGAGGAAAAGACAUGAGGCAGAGAUGGAGGUAGCAGAGAUGAGGAUGUUGAGUUUCUCUUUAGGAAUGACGAGGAUGGACAGGAUUAGGUACAAGCACAUCAGAGGGACAGCUCAGGCCGGCUGUUUUGGGGACAAGGUCAGAGAGGAUAGAUUGAGAUGGUUUGGACAUGUACAGAGAAGGGAGAUGGUUAUAUUGGUAGAAGGAUGUUGGAGAUGAAGCUGCCAGGUAAGAAGUCAAGAGGAAGGCCAAAGAGGAGAUAUAUGGAUGUGUUAAAAGAGGACAUGAAGGUAAUUGGUGUGAGAUUAGAGGACACUGAGGAUAGAGUUAGGUGGAAACAGAUGAUUUGCUGUGGCGACCCCUAACGGGAAAAGUAGAAGAAGGAGAUUGCUUUUAAAUUACUAGUUAAAAUCCCAUAACAAAAUCAUCACUCAUACAUUGUGAGCAAAAUCAGUUGUGGUGUUUGUGCAACAUUUUUCUUUGUAAUACUCAUUAUCCAGAGAUGGAACAUGAUGAACUCCAAUCAUUUAUUUUGAUGCCCAGUGUGUGAUCAUUCAGGCAUCCAGGAUAUAAUCAGGAUACUUUUUCUUAUUAGCUUUAUGUACUUACCGCUUCAGAAUAAUUCUAAAGACUCAAAGCUCUGAUGCUAAACAUGUCCUGAGUAACUGAAUAAUUGUUAGAGAAGGAGAACACUGUACACAGUUAAUUUUUGGUUGAUCUGCUGAUGCGUCAUGACCCUGGUGCAGCUUUUUCUAACCCUGCUCCUGGAAACUGGCAGCAUUGAAUAUAUUUGUGUAUUAGAUGUCCUAGCAAAAGUGUUUUGUCUUGCUCAAGGUAGAGUAAAUCUAGUUUCUAAUGAAGCUCUUAACAAGAUCACCACUGAACUCAAGCCCAUUUGGAGCAUGUGACCAAGGAGUUCAGAUGUAUUUAGUUUCAUUUCAAUUCUUUGGCUAUAUUCUGUUCAUUGGCUGUCCCUUGUUAUAAAAUGAUGAACUUGAAAAAGAAAGAAACUGUUUUGUGCAC